GAUGAUGGACAGUUCCAGCGCAAGCGUCGAGGAAAUCUGCCCAAGGAAGCGACCAAUAUCCUCAAGACCUGGUACAAUACUCAUCUGCAUUCGCCAUACCCAACUGAGGAGGAGAAGUAUCAACUAAUGCAUCAAACUCAAUUGACCUUGAACCAGGUCAGCAACUGGUUCAUCAACCAGCGUAGACGU